CAGCGUUUCAGGAUUGUUUCUGCUAUUGAUUCGUAGAUGGCAAUUUCCAUAGGUAUUUUAACAUCACUCGACAGAGCAAUAUUGGUCGUUGAAAUAUCCAUGACAUACCGUCAUGCUGUCCGGUUCAAGGAGCACACGGUGUCCCAUGUCAACCGAAUCGCUUAUGAGAGGCAAGCAGACGUAGAUAGAUACGUGGCUGGGUGGCAGGAACAGCACGCGCAGGUAAAAGCCAGGUGUAUUGAGUUGCGCUGAGGUUUGUCACAUCAUCCAGCCGUAGCCUGAUAGUGCCAGGAUGUAGAACGUUUCGGGGGACAAGAGACAAAAAGCAAGUAAUCAUUAUCUUAUCAAGUCAAGUUUACAAACCAAAUUACGAUAAUUGGACUUGGGGAAUUAUAUCACAGACAUCACUAACUAUCAAGCAUGGGUAAGCAAGAAAAGGGAGGAUGGUGUCGGACAAUUAUGAAAAUAAUGUUCUCCCACAUUGGGCUGUGUGGUUUGGUGGCACUCUACUGUGCUGCAGGAGGAUUCAUCUUCGAACAUCUUGAAAAGUCCAACGAGGAACAAAUCUGCUACGACACAUACAAGGAAUACAUAGUCAUGGAAAACGACUCGCUCUCAAAGAUCCAACAGUUAGUUGAAGACUACGAAGGCAAUCCGGACAAGUCCACGCUGAAGUUUCAGCUCCAAGGAAUCCUUCAAAUCUACCGCGACAACAGUAUAAACAUAGGAUACGACGGAGGCAACUGCUCAGCGUACGGACUGGUGGACGGUCCGAAGUACAAGUGGUCCUGGUCCGGAGCCUUCUUCUUCUCCGUCACAGUGAUCUCUACCAUCG